CUUCAUUGUAUUUAUAAAAUCAAUAAAAUCACGCAAAACGUUUUCUUCUUCAUUUAAUUUUUAAUUUAAUUUCAAUUUAUAUUCCGAGCAAUGUCAGAAGGUGAAUACGAAAGUUUCGAGAUCAACGACUACGAUUUAGAAAAUGAAUUUAAUCCAAAUAGACCACGGGCCAAGCUAUCGAAAAAUCAACAAAUCUACGGAAUUUGGGCAGACGAUAGUGACAACGAAGUCCCCGAUGAGAAGCCAUCUCGUUCUCGACGCCGUGGAAAGGGUCGUAACGUGGAUAACAAUGGGCCCAGUGGAAAAGCGAGGCCUGGUGGUGCUAAUUACUCAGAGCCAGUAAGCUUCGUAUCAGGUGGCAUCCAGCAGUCCGGGAAGAAGAAAGAUGCUAAGCCCGACGAAAAUUCAGCAGAUGAAUGUAAGUAUUUAACGACUGAAGACGGCGCACCUCCUAACAACAGUCAAUUGCUUAUAGAUGAUGAUAGUCAGUCGCCAAAAGGUGCCGUUGAAUCCGGUAACACAUCGAGUGAAUCAGAGGAAGAACAACAAAGACCUUCGAUGUCGAGCAUGGCAGGAUUUCGCACCAAGGCUAAUCCAACGACAAAAGGCAUGGCUGACUGGGAACAGCAUACGAAAGGCAUUGGAGCUAAAUUGCUGCUUCAGAUGGGCUAUCAACCGGGAAAAGGUUUAGGCAAAGAUUUACAAGGCAUUGCACAGCCCGUACAGGCGCAUAUGCGUUCGGGUCGUGGAGCAAUCGGUGCGUAUGGCCCCGAAAAGCGACAGACUGUUGGCGAUGGUAAGGGUAUCAAACCGAAAGUAGACGAAGACGUUAAGGAGACCAUCGAAUUCCAAGAGAAAAUGAAUCACUGGCGCAAGGACGUGCCGAAAAAUAGCAAAAAGGGCCGCUACUAUUACAAGUCGGUGCAGGAUGUGAUUGACAAGGGAAAAUCGAAAAACUACUUGCUCGCUGAUAGGCUAAGUAACGUGACAGUGAUUGACAUGAGAGGUCCCGAAAAACGCGUCUUGAGCGGAUACCAUGCACUGGGGCAAACAAAGGCAGCCGAAGAAAACCUGUACGAACACAGGCAAUCGAAAAAGUGCAGCAAUUUCAGUUUGCCAGAGCUGAUGCAUAACUUGGACCUGAUUGUUGAACGAUGCGAGCAGGAAAUCAUCGAAGUGGACAAGAAGAAACGGUCGCUUAAUGAUCGUGAGACAGAAUUGAGGCAGGACAAGGAUAAUUUGAUCAAAAUCGUUGACUUGGAGGAGAAUCACUUGAAAACAUUGGAAAAAGCUUUAGAACUCGUGUCUCAGUUAACAGAGCCUCUGGAACCGUUAACCCUAGACAAGGCUGCAGAGAUUUUCACCGAACUACAAACUGACUUCGCUCCCGAGUACAAAGAAUUCGGCCUAGGUGAUCUGGCGCCUGGAGUCAUCGCACCGUUAUUCAACACUGAAAUGGACGGAUGGAAACCGUUGGAAGAGCCAACCAAACACACCGACCUGCUGAAAAAAUGGCGACGCAUUUUGGGAUUCUAUCAGGUGCAACAUUCCACCAACGUUUUCGAUCCAUACGCAACGCUAGUUUGGUCGGGUGUAAUGCCGAACAUCCGUGCUGCUGUGGCAGAGUGGAAUCCACGGAAUCAUCAACCGAUGGCGGCGUUAUUGGAUGCCUGGGCACCACUUUUGCCCAGUUUCACGUUGGACAACAUUUUGGAACAAUUGAUUCUGCCACGGAUACAGCAGGGCGUCGACCAUUGGGAUCCAUUGACAGACACUACUCCCAUACAUCUGUGGAUACUUCCCUGGACCGGACUGCUGGGACACAAAAUGGAUGAAACGGUUUAUUCGACCAUUCGCGAGAAAUUGGGAAAUGCGUUGGUCUCGUGGUUGCCGCAGGAUCGAUCGGCUAGAGCUAUGAUAAUGCCAUGGUUGGGCGUAUUUUCCGAGACUGACAUGCAUCUGUUUCUGCUGAAGCACAUCGUACCGAAAUUGCAACUGUGUCUGACAGAGCUGAUCAUCAAUCCGAUGGAUCAGGAUAUGGAGGUGUGGCAUCAAGUGUCCGAAUGGAAUGAAAUCAUACCACCGACAACAAUGGCUCAACUGCUGGAGAAGUUCUUUUUCCCGAAAUGGAUUGAAACGCUGGUCUUUUGGCUGAAUCGAUCGCCCAAUUUGGACCAAGUGUCGCGAUGGUAUGCGGGCUGGAAAUCGGAACUGUCCAAAGAGAUCUUACAGAAUCCGGGCGUCACAGAAAAUUUCCGUCGCGCAUUGGAACUGAUGCAUCGUUCCACUGGUUUGUCGGUUGAUCAGCAACCUAUUCCUACACCCGUUCAACCACCAGCACUAAUGGAUCUGCAGAUAGCACCGCCUCAACAGCUCGAAUUCAAAGAACUGGUGUCACAAAAAUGUUCCGAACGAAAUAUAUUGUUCGCUCCUAUGCCCGGUCGUCGAGAAUCUGGAAAACAGGUUUACCGAGUUGGCAAAAUUUUCUGUUACAUUGAUCGUUCAGUUGUGAUGAUCAGCGAUGGAAGUUUCAAUAACUGGACGCCCGUGUCGCUGCAAUCGCUUCUUGAACGAGCUAUUUCAGGGAAUAUUUUUUAAGAAUCUUGUUUUUUGUCAUCUCCACUGCCUAAUUCUCAGAUGGUGUGUGUGCUAUUUAAUUAUUGUAUUUAGAUUUUAUUGAAAUGGUAAUAAAGUAUACUGCAUCUAAACGAA